GUCAACAUUCCAUUCGGGUUGACUUCGGGUUCGGUCGGGUCGAUUUCAGGUCGGGUCAUGUCGGGUUUUUUCUUAUCCCGGGUUCAGGUCGGGUUCGAGUCGGGUCACAUUUCGGUCAGGUAUGAUUUCGGGUUCGGGUCUUAUCAGGUCGGGUUUAAGUCGGUUUGUACCAGGUAAUUUCGGGUUCGGGUCUUAUCGAGUCGGGUUUAGGUCGGUUUGCAACACAGUUAUUUUCGGGUUCGGGUCUUGGUUUGGAUCGGAUAAUAAUCAGAUUAGAUAGAAUUCAGGUCGGGUCACUCUCGGGGACGGGUCAAACUCGGGUUUGAACCUAUACAUUUUAAUUAUUUUAUAUUGUAAAAACUAUUGUUUAACUUAUUUUAGAGUUAAAAGUUAUAUAGACCAAAUAAUCGCUUGUUUUUGUCAAGUCGAUACAUAUAUAAAGUGAAUAUGGAUUACAAACCAAUGAUCGAUUUGAUCAUCUCAAAAUGUGAAAGUGAAAAACAUUUACUCCCGCAACUCGAAUUUCAUUUUUGGACUUAGGGGUAAGUGAGUGGGUCUCGAGCCAAUGCGAGUUUCUUGUGUGAUAGUGUAACUGUUUUUCUCGUUGUUGAGCACAUUAACAUAGGUCUCGCAGACAAAGAGAAAGACUGUCAGUUAGGAUGUUAGAUUCAAUUCCUAGAUUUCAUCUCAUCCAAAAUGCUAAACUCCUAAACUUUCAUUGUCAUUUGAAACUCACUAAUUGGCGAAAUCAUAUAUCUUGUACGAUUUUAUAUUAAGUACGAAUUUAUAUAUAUCGAAACAUAUUAAAUCCAAAUUAUGAUAUUAUAAGUUUUGUUAUGUCUAUGAGUGUGGACGAUCGACUAGUUAGACUAGUUAGAUAUAGGUUACUAACACUAGUUAACUACAGAUUAAUUCAAGUUAUAUAUAUAUUUAUAAGUGAUAAAUUUUACAAGCAAAUAACUACGACAAAACGGCUUAUGACUUGUAAAUAAUUUAAAAACUCUAUGUGCCUGUAACCAAAGUAGAUCCAGGUCAUUAAAGUUGUUUACCAUUUGGAUACAUGUUAAGUUCAAUUGACACCAUAUUCAGUUCGAUUAUGACUAUAACUAUGUAACUAUAUACAAUUAAAACCACAUAACUCGAUAAGAGAAGACUAUAAUUAUAUAACUCUUAUAGGACUAUACUUAAGUAAUGAUAAAUUGUUAUAUGAAGUUCAAACUACGAUUCAGAUAGUUUAUGACAUGUUCAAUUACUCGAUUGACUAGUUCAAUUAACAACAAAUUAGACAAUUAGUUCAAACAAAGUCAUAUUACAAUUAGUUUAAAGUUUAAACAACUCAAAAGAUCGGAAUAAGUUAAACAUAAUCACAUUAUUACAACUUUGCACUUCAUACUCUCAAUCUCAAUCACAUCGUAAAUACUUUAGGUAAUUAUAAGUAAUAUGUACUUUUUAAUUAUAUAACACAAGUAUGUUUCGUAUAUGGACUUACUUUUCAUAAUAAUAACAAUAGUAUAUUAAUAAUAACAAUAAUAAUAUUAAACAUCAACUAAUAAAAUACUAAUUAAAAAACAUCAACUAAAAUAAUAAAAUUAGCUUAAACAAUAAAACACUAAUUAAAUUAGUCAUAAAAUCCAUUUGAAUAAAAGAUACAAAGCCCAACUUUCCAGCCCAAAAAUAAUCCAACAAACCCUAAAUAUAAAUAUCUCGCAUUCACAACUUCAUCAAUCAGAAGUUCAGAACCCUAAUCUUCUCGCCUCUCCCUCUUCGGGUUCUCCGCCUCUCCCUCUAGGGUUUCAAGUUCAACUCUCAACCAGAAAUACAAUCAGACCCCCGUCACUCCGGUCCCUUCACAACUCGUUUGCUCUCACACGGUUACGUUCUUCUUCAACAAGAAACCCCCAGUCCCCCACUGACCCACUCAAUCAACAAGAAAAUUUUAAGGAUGUGGUAUUUUCUGAUCUAGAAGAAGCUCAAGAUUUGGAGUACGAUUUCUUUGUUCUUGAGGUAAGAUUUCGACGUGGACUUCCUCCUGGAGAUGGUGUUCUAUAUUACCCUGGCGAAGUGUUCUCAUCUUCAAAAGAGCCCGUAGCUUCUCUGAGAUUAGAACGUCUUUUAAGUGGUUUGCAGGAGAUCACUCUAUUCUCUCCUAAUUUCCUGUUGCCACCAUGGACAAUCAAGAAGUACCAGAAUUUGAUAAUGAAUAUGAUAUAGGAAUUAAUGAUAAUGAAGAGUUAUUGAUGUCUACAAGUAAUCGCAUUGCAUCUCCAAAACGAAAGCGAACUUUUACUAAACAAGACACCUUAUCUAAAAAGGGUAGGCGCACUUCUGCGGUAUGGGAACACUUCACUUUCACGGCAUUAUCACUAGGAGGUUAUGAGGUGCAAUGUAAGUACUGUAAAACACACAAGUUUGUUUAUGAUAGUAUCGUGGGGACUUCUAAUGCUAAGCGACAUUAUCUAAAGUGUCCUUCUUAUUUAGAGUACAUGUCUAAUAAUCCAAAUGGGCUUGCUUGUACGAAUUUUGAUCAAAAAACAUAUCUGAAAUUGUUUGCUCAAUCAAUAUUAGGUCAUGGAUAUCCUUUGCGUAUGGCUGAACAUCCUAGAACUAGAAGAUUGCAUGAUUAUCUGAAUCCAAAGGUCAAAACUGUUUGUAGAAAUACCAUGACUAAGUAUUGCAUGUCUGAGUAUAAUGGUUUAAAGAAACAAUUGUUUGAUACUUUAGGUGCAUCAACUUCUAGAAUAUGUCUCACGUCUGAUAUGUGGAGUGCAAGUACCGUGAAUUCAUAUUUGGUCCUUACAGCCCAUUAUAUAGACAAUAGCUGGAAAUUACGUUCAAAAAUUUUAAACUUUCAACAUUUCGAAUCCUCUCAUACUGGGAAUGGUAUUUAUGAGUUUGUACAAGCUUUGAUUAGAGAUGGGGUAUUGAAAAGAAAGUUUUUACAAUUACUGUAGAUAAUGCAACUAAUAUGGAUGUGUUUGCUGCAAGAUUAGAGUGUGAUUUGAAUGCUUGUUCUCCUUUACCUUUGGAUGGUAGAUAUUUUCAUAUUCGAUGUUGUGCACAUAUCUUGAAUCUUAUUGUGCAAGAGGGUUUGAGAGUUAUAGAUGGUUGUAUUGUGAAGGUUCGUGAGGGUGUUAAGUAUAUUACACUUACUGAAGGUCGGAAAAUCAAAUUUAAGCAAUGUGUAGUGGCUACUAAUUCGGAUUUUAAAUUAAAGUUAAAAAAAGAUGUGUCCACUCGGUGGAAUUCUACCUUUUUAAUGCUUGAAAGAGCUUUGUUAGCUAAAGAAGCUAUUGAUAUGUUUGCUAAAAGAGAUAGUAGUUAUGAGUUUUAUCUUUCGUCUCUUGAAUGGAAACAUAUUCAGUCAAUGUCUAACUUCCUUGAGCCUUUUUAUCUUAUCACAAAGCUGUUUUCUGGUUCUGAUUAUCCUACCGCAAACCAUUAUUUUGGUAAUAUUUUGAGUAUUGAAAAGCUAUUACACGAUGCCCAUAUUGAUGAGGAUCCUAUGAUACAAAUAAUGGCUAGUACGAUGCAAGGUAAGUUUGACAAAUAUUGGAGCAAUUAUUCUGUCAUCUUAUCCUUUGCUGUGAUUUUUUACCCUCAUUACAAGCUUGAUUUUGUGAAAAAUUCCUAUUCUAUUUUAUAUGUUGAUGAUGAAGCUAAUAGAAAAGCACAAAUUGUGCUUUCUGAAUUUAUUGAGAUGUACACUUUUUAUGUGAAAUCUUCAACACCGUGUGCUUCAUCCUCAUCUUCAUUACAAAGCACAUCAAGAUCUCCUUUGCCUCUCUCCUCUUCUACACCAUUUAAGACCGGUGAUAUUUACAAGAAUUUUCAUGCGACGAUAGCUCCAAGUAGAGUUGGUGCAUCUGAAGUUGAUGCCUAUUUGAGUGUUCCAUUGAGGAAACAUAUUCCGGGAGAAGAAUUUGAUAUCCUUAAUUAUUGGAAAGAGCAAUCUGCCUCUUAUCCGAUUCUUUCUCGAAUGGCAAAAGAUGUACUCGCCAUUCCUAUAUCCUCCGUUGCCUCAGAAUCUUCGUUUAGCAUGGGUGGUCGAAUCUUGACCAAUAUAAGGAGUUGUCUAUCGGAUAAACACCUUGAGGCUUUGGUUACAUCUAAAAAUUGGUUGGAUGGUUAUGACGAAGAAGAGUAUGAAGAUUGUGAACUUGACACCGAGCCUUCCAACCUUGGUCUCUGAGAAUCUUAAUGUUUUCCGGAUUAUUUAUGGUGUGGUUCUGCUUCUCUUUUGUGCUCCAUCAGAGUUGUGUAGUUGGUGUUGCCAAGGAUCUUUUGAUAUUUUGUUGAAACUAAGCUUAAAAUUAAAAUCCUCUUUUGAUGUAAUAUAUGUUAGGUAUAUUUUGGGUAUAUAAACUUAAAAAUCCUCUUUUGAUGUAAUAUAUGUUAGGCAUAUUUUGGGUAUGUAAACUUAAAAUACUCUUUUGAUGUAAUAUAUGUCACUAUGUUAGGUA